GGGUGUGAGUGAGAGAAAGAAGAAGGAGAAAACUUGGACACAGCAAAACCCUGUGGGUCAGUCUCACCUGCGUGCAAGCUUCGACCUAGCCAGUCCAGUUGAGCGGGCCUCCUCGUUCACAUCGACUCGCGCAUAGUUUCACGACAUAAUUACUAAUCGACUCUUAUUUAUAUUAUUCCUAAUAAUACCAAUUGAACAAAUUCAUCAUUAAAAGUGUUUUGCGUGACUCUUUCAAAGGAAAAUACAUAUUAAUAUAUUUUUUAACUCGAAAAUAUAUCUUAUUGAAUUACAGUGUAACAUCAUGGAAUCAGAAAAAGUCGUGAUAUAGAUAAAAAAAAAAUUUAUUAUCCAAAGUGUUUAAUCUAAUUGAAUGAAUUUUUCUAUAUCGAAUUGAUUACUAAAACUUAUUUGACUAACGUGUCUUGUACGAUAGCGUGCUUAUCGUUCCUGAUCUCAUAUAACUUUAUUAUGUUGACAACGUACUGACAAAAAAAAAAAAACGUCGCGAAGCUAUUGUUUUUAUCAGUUUUAUCGUGAAAAAUUGCUUGGUGGAAAAAUAUUACGAUGUAGUAGUAUAGGAGUGAUAUCGGAUGGACUUGGAAAGUGCUUUAAAUUUAUAAUUAAUCUUCGGUCACGAAGAAAAAAAGCUACGUUCCAUUAAUCAGACUCCUUGAAGUGCUCUUUGAGUGUACUAGUUAAUAACAAUGUAGAGAACAUCUUAGUUCUCUUUCUUCAAAAAUUUUAGAAACUAUUAGUUUCAAUCUAUGUGAACAGUGAAAAACAACGUGGUGGUGGACUGUGAGUCGUUGAUGUAUUCGUUUCAUCGCCAUAAGGAUGAUGAUGAUGGACAUGGGCAUGUACGGGACCUACGGUAAGCCAGAUUCAUAUCCCAACUACGUGUUCGCUGGUCAAGGGAAUCAUCAUCAUCAGGCUUCUACCGUCGGUGGACAUGUGUCUGUACCACCAUCACCCGAUCUUGCACCGAGUCAUUACUACCCUCAGACUGCAGUGGCUCCUUACUCAUCUUCGUCAUCCGAAAGUUUCCUGACUGCUGAGUCUGGUGCUUCGUCGAGUACGCCGCCUCAAAGUUUCUACUCGCCGACGGGAGCUGUACUACACGAGGAUGGUACUACUACGGCGAUCAUUUCGUCGGAGAACGGUCUAAGUUAUACCAAUCUUGAUUAUGCUUCCUCUUCGACGUACUCAGGUCAACAACAACAACAACAACAACAGCCACAAUCACACGCAGGAUCCCAUGGUUCGAACGAACCUCAUCAAAGUUACCAUGUACAGCAAAAUACCUACAGAGAAGAUCAUCAUCAUCAUCAUCACCACCACCACCAUCAUCCACCGAGUCUUCAUCAAACUACUACCUUACAAACCCAUCAAAGAACGGAACUUGAUUUGCACCAGCCAACCUCUAGUCAUCAUCAUCAUCAUCAUCAUCCUCCUCCUCCUCCUCCUCCUCCUCCUCACCUUCGGCAUGAACCCGAAUAUCAGGUACCAGUCGGUGCAACUCCCAAUUACGUUCACCAAUACGAAGAUUCUCUUCACUAUCAUGCUCCGAUCAGACAGAACGAGUUCCCCGGGCAUCCUACAGGACAUUACAAAGAAGAGAAUCGUGAUCCAACCUCUUAUCACGCUCUUCCACAGCCAGGACAACAUUCUCAACAACAGCAACAACAUCCUCAUCCACAACAUCCUCAUCAUCAGCAACAUUCUCAUCAGCACCAACAACAACAACAACAACAACAACAACAACAGCAAGCCCAAGUACCUACUUACAAAUGGAUGCAAGUUAAGAGAAACGUUCCUAAGCCCGUCGCUACAAAGACGACUCACAAUGCUGGAGAUUUUAUCGGUAACACGGUCGGUGGUACAAAUCCAUCGGUUUAUGGAAAUUCAACGAGUGGUACCGUGAACUGUCUUACUGGCGGUCCAUUAGCUGGUAUAACAAGUGGCUUCAACAAUACCGGUCGUACGAACUUCACUAACAAACAACUAACCGAAUUGGAGAAGGAAUUCCAUUUUAACAAGUACUUGACACGCGCGAGACGCAUCGAAAUAGCCUCGGCCCUUCAACUAAACGAGACGCAAGUGAAAAUCUGGUUUCAGAAUAGACGAAUGAAGCAGAAGAAGAGAAUGAAGGAAGGCCUUAUACCGGCCGAUGGUGGAAACGUCACUCAACUAACUGGUGCGAGGAGUAGCAGCAAUUCACCGACGAGCAAUCACCAAACAACAACCAAUCAGGACAAUAUCGCUGGACUUAGUCUAUCCAGUUUUACCAGCGACAAUAGUCGAGAAUCACCGCCUAUAUCGAUCAAAGAUUAAUUCGAUCAUUUAUGAUCUUACGUUUCACGACGAGACGAUGAUUGAAACUAAACUAAGACUCUAAUAAUAGGAAGCAAAAAAUAAUUAUUAAUAUCCAUAUUUUUUUUUUUUUUUUUAAUUAAAAAAAAAUUUUUUCUUCAUUUCAUUAUUUCCAUAAUUGAUAUUAAACUCGAGACAUAACUCUCGCAUUUAAAUAAAACAACAAUGUAUAAAAGUUCGUCUGAAAAUAUUUAUGAUUUAGUUGUUAUUUUAAUUAUUAUCCGAUAUAAGCAAAUUUUCUUACUACUUUGUGUUACAACGUUACCAAUGUAAAUUAUCUUAUUCUGAACGACCUUCGUAACUUUAUUUUUUUUUUUAUUUACAUGAUUACAUGAACUAUCUAAGAAAAAAGUAAUGUCCUGAGAGAGCACUCGUUAGAUUAAAAAAAAAAAAAAAAAAAAGAGAAAAAAAAGGAAAAGAAACAGAAAACGAAAAAAAAUACACCUAGAGAUAAUACAAACCAAUUUAGAUUAUCAGAUUAUCUUUUAAUUAGAUAAUCCUAUUAUCGAUAAAAUAAGCGAAGAUGCAAAUACAAUUGAUAGCAAAAAAAAAAAAAAAAAAAAAAGAAAAAAAGGAA